AUGGAGCAGCAGCAGGCCGCCCUGAUGGAGCAGCAGCAGGCCAACUUGAUGGAGCAGCAGCAGGCCGCCCUGAUGGAGCAGCAGGCCGCCCUGAUGGAGCAGCGGCAGGCCGCCCUGAUGGAGCAGCGGCAGGCCGCCCUGAUGGAGCAGCAGCAGGCCGCCCUGAUGGAGCAGCAGGCCGGCCUGAUAGAGCAGCAGCAAGUCGCCCUGAUGGAGCAGCAGCAGGCCGCCCUGAUGGAGCAGCAGCAAGCCGCCCUGAUGGAGCAGCGGCAGGCCGCCCUGAUGGAGCAGCGGCAGGCCGCCCUGAUGGAGCAGCAGCAGGCCGCCCUGAUGGAGCAGCAGCAAGCCGCCCUGAUGGAGCAGCGGCAGGCCGCCCUGAUGGAGCAGCAGCAGGCCGCCCUGAUGGAGCAGCAGCAAGCCGCCCUGAUGGAGCAGCGGCAGGCCGCCCUGAUGGAGCAGCGGCCGACAGGAAAAUUACUGGUUAAAGGCCGCCCUGAUGGAGCAGCAGCAGGCCGCCCUGAUGGAGCAGCAGCAGGCCGCCCUGAUGGAGCAGCGGCCGACAGAAAAAUUACUGGCAAAAGGCCGCCCUGA